AACUUUCUAAUUCACAGUAUACGUAUAGUAAUUUUCAUGUUGGAAGAAAUUGUCAUUGAAUUUUUUUCUGCGUUUGCGAUACAAUUUGUCAGAUUAGCAUAAAAAUAAUAACACAUUUUUCGUUCGUGUGUACGCGAUUUAUGUGCGCAAACGGAGAAUGACUGAAAUAUGUAAAUCACACUUGGCUUUUGCAACUCCGUGAACAACUUGUAUUAAUGGUUCAUACGUUACUUAUGUAGAAAUGAGUCCAUAUCUGACAAGAAAACGUGCUGCAUCAACACGAAGUUCUAAAGAGACACAAUUAAGUGACAAAGAUACUGUUCCCAAAAUGACAUCUAAAACCAGAAGUGUUAUUAACAAGACAUUAAAAUUGAAAGGUCACGCUAAAGUAACAAAUGCAGAAUCAAUGUAUCAAACACAAAGGACAAGGAAUAGGAAAGGCAAUACAUCUGUCUCACAAACUGAAAAGAAUGUGCAAAAGGAAAGACAAAAGAGAACAAGAAGUAAUGAUUUGUCAAAAGAUGAUAUCAAAGAUACUGUGAAAUCUAAAAAGGUCGUUACGCAUAGCAGUUCCGAAAUUAAAAAAAAAGAUAUAAGAACUGAAAAAAGGAAAGUUAUCACAAAAAUAACCAGAAAUACUUCUAAUUCAAAACAGACAUCUUUGAAAGAAGCAUUUUUAAAUCAGUCUAAAGUAAGAAUUCUACGUUCCCAUAAAAAUUCCACGAAUGAUAAAUCAACAAAAAAGCUAAUUAGUCCUAAGAAAAAAAAAGUACCUGUUUACAAAUGUAUUUCGCCAGAAAAGUCUAAGGAAAGUACUAAUGAAAUAUAUGAGUUUAAGUUUGAUAUUAAUGACUCGACUGAAAGAGUACCAAAGAAACGAAAGAAAAGAGCUGUUAAAAAAACAACGACAAAUAAGAGAAGGAGAAAUGUGUCAGUAAAACAAAUUAACACGAAACAACUAACUAAAUCUAAAAGAGUCAAAGGAGUAAAUGUUAAAUUUGAAGAAAAUAAUCCUGUGGAACUUUCAAGUAAAGAUAAAAAUGAUGUAUUAAAGACAGAUAUCGUAGAAACAGGUGUGGAAUUGGAUAAAGAGAUGAAAGAUUCAGGAAAUAUAACUGGUGAAGAAAAUGCUAAUACAAUUAAAAAACCAACAAUUAUAUCAGUAGAAGAUUUGAGUAAUAGAAGAAUUUCAAUAGUGGGUACUUCACAAACAUCAACCUCGCCUGAUUUUAAACCAUUUAGACCAACAAAUAUUUUCAAUAACAGAUUAACUGCACAAAAAAAAGAUGCACUUAAUUUUUCUCUAUUUGAAAAAUCUUUGUCGCCAAUUGUAAAAUCAACAGAAAAUCUUCAAAUACCUCCUAGUCCCUGGAGGGUAGCAUCAUUGUAUGGGUUUUCUCAAGUGAAUAAUGUAUUUCAAAGCACGCCUCAAAAUAAUAAAUACGACAUUGUUAAUAAAAAAAUUUCACGAGUAAAUAAUGAAGUAUUAAAUAACGAAUCUAAACAAUUUGGAAAUAUAACAAAAAUGAAAAAUAAUUGGCAAAAGAAUAAUGAAAACAUGAGCGCAGGGAAGCAUGUACAUAUUAAUACCAAAACGAGAAAUCCUUUAACUCCAAGAAAAUUUGGCACAGAAAUUACAAACUUAGAUCAUUCUGUACAGAUUAAAUCUUCAAUAGAACAAACGAGUGAACAAAUAUCAACUAAAACUGAGACUAAUCAGUUAAAUGCAGACUCAACCAAUGUAAUUAUUUCCAAUGUAAGCAAAUUUGAUAAUAAUGAAAAUAAAACGAUAAAUAUUUCAAGUCCAAGGAAGAGUUUUAAAAAAGGAAUAAUAAAAGUUAAACAAGGAGGAAAAGUUGACAAGGAAGAAAAUUUUGAUCCUCAACCUGGAUCAUCAGAUUUACAAAGUUCAAUUCCUAAUGAAGAGAGACUGUUAAAGCAAUCAAAUUUAAAUAAUUUCUUAAAUAUAAUGGAAACACCACAAAAUACUAUAAUUAAAACAGCUCAUGGAAUUUUUGAUGAUGUACAGUCAACAUCAAUUACUAGCAAGGCUAAUGUAUCUACUAUACUAUUAAAAGAUACAUUUGAUUUUAGUGAUGAUUCUAAUCAAGAGUCUCCUAUUAAAGAUAAAGAUAACAAAAAAGAAAAAUUCACUCAAAGAAACACAGAGUUAUGCAACAUAAAACCUAUUAGAUUAUCAAUUGGUGAAAUAAAAAAUAAGUUAUUGACUAAAGAAUUAAAAGAAGAUAUACACAAUAAAGAAAAUAUAUUAAUUAAAAAGAAGAAAGUAAAAAAAUCACCCAUUGAGAGAAGGAAUAAACAUAAACAUGUUGAUAUUGUUAACUUUUCUGACACAUUUGAUAUUCUCUCUGAAACAGGUGAAACAUCAGCAGCUUCUGCAAAUAGUGUUCCAUUAUUUGCUGAUUUAGAACCAUCUCAUUUUACAGAGCCCCCACGAUAUUCGUACAAACGAAAACGUGCCACAAAAAUUAGUUAUUCGGAUGAUGAAAGCGAUGAAGAGGAAAAACGAAUAACGGAAAAUGAAAUAAAACGAAAGAAAACUAAUAAAUUGAAGAAAGAUCAGGAAGAAAGAUUAGUGGAAUGGAUUGAAAAUAUUAACAAAACAUUUAAUGAAGUGGAUAAAUAUGAACUUGUGAUCGAGUAAAUUAUUUAUUGUUAUUAUUAUUACAGAAAAAUAACUAUUACUAAAGCUUUGAAUUAUAUUAACUCUUUCCAGUCGGAACGCUUAGAGGCAGGUAUAGCUACUUGAUCGCAGCGCUUACUCGAUCUAAGGAAUAUAAUAAUAAGGUAACUGAGAAAUUAUCUUUUAGCUAAAGAUAAUUUCUGAUCUGAUUGAUCUGAAGGAUCUGGUCUAUUUAAGACUUCAUGAUUUCAUGACUUUAUUAUAUAUUAUAUAUAAUAUAAUUAUAAUUAUGUUAUAUAUAAGUGUACAAGUGUCUCAAAAGUGCGGUGACAGAUGUAAAAAAGAAGCAAUGCACUGGCGAUAACACAAACAUCUGAGCUGGAACUUCAACCGAAAAGGUUAAUAGUGUUGUAGUAUCUAUGUAUAAUAUAAUAGUAUCUAUGUGUCUUAUUUUAUAGUAAUAAUGUAUAAGUUUAUAAAUGAAGCUUGUAUAGC